AUGAUUUUUUAUAACAAACCAGGGAUUAUAUUUACUUUAAGAGAAAAAAACAUUAAGUGUAGUUUAAAUGAUAAAUUUAACAUGAUUGUUCAUUCAAACUUAACAUGUGUUAUUGAUGAUUUGGUUCAUGAUAUUGGAUUUGUAAUUCCUAUUGAUUAUUUAAGUUUUAUUAAAUCAAUAAAUGUUACUAACAAUUUAGAAACUGAUUUAAAAAGAUUAUUUAUUUUUAAAGAUAAAGAUGAUUGUUCAAGAUUAAAAGAGUAUGUAUGUUCUCAUAAAAGAGGGGUUUUAGUUAAACAUAAAUUUUUUAAUUAA